CCGAGAGAGUCACCGGCGAUUUUGAAAGUUUCGCCCGCCAUAGCGCUCUCGUAUUCUGUCGUCGAAUGCUCGACAGUACGCCGCAGUGCACCACGGGACGAUGGGUUGUGCUUCGUUAAGAUACAAGAUGGCUGACACUUGUUAGUAGAGUGUAUUUUUGUUCGAUUCAAAGUGCAUUUAAUAGGAAAAAAAGAAAUCAGUGCCUUGAUAGUGGCGUAUGUUUAAAACGUGUUUGUACAACCAGUUUGAAUAAUUAGUGAUAAAUUUUCUAAAACUUUUCUAAUAACUCUUAAAAGCAACAAUUAAGAAAAGUAAGAAACGCGUUCAAAAUAACAUAAUAUUAUAAUAAAGAAAGGCAUAGAAAAGGAAACCUCCUCGAGUAUAAAAUUCUAAUGUACACAGCUAUCAUCAGCAGAGAAUGAUGUGAUGAUGUGAUGUGAUGUGAUGUGCUGCUGUGGCUAUGGCUGUGGUUGUGCUACUGUGGAAAGUUUAUAGUAUUGUUAUUUAAAAGUGAAGAAAAUAGAAGAGUGAGAUAAACAAAAAAGCGGCACAGUCAAGCUAUGUUCCUGUGCACUUCUUUCAUUAUUAUGGCACAUUGCAUGUGAUAUAAUUUUAGUGAUUUGAAUAUCGUGCCUGAUAAAUUAUAAGACAGUGGAGUAGUGGACCGUUUUGAUUAUUGUGAAGUUACAGAGUUUGCUUUAUAUGCAAUAGUCGGAAACGAUUGGAUAUUUCAUCGGAAUUUAUAGUGACAAUUACACGCCCGAAACUACAACUAAAUCCCUGGAUUAAAUGAAAGGUGAAGUGGCACAUCCCUUGAUCAGGCAGAGGUGAGCCACGUCGGGGUUAGAAGGCUAUGCAAGGGAUGAAUGGAAGUGCCGCUCUCCGUCGUAGUGGUGCCGGCGGGGGCGGUGUCGCCGCAGGUGGUAAUGGCAGCGGGGUCGGUGAACCCCCACCGAUCGCUACCCUCGUCGUAUACAAGGACGACGCGGGAUAUGGGAUGAAAGUUUCCGGAGACAAUCCCGUCUACGUCCAGUCCGUCAAGGAAGGUGGUGCUGCGGCGAGAGCUGGACUUCAUUCCGGUGACAAAAUCAUCAAGGUGAACGGUGUAAACGUGAUGCAGUCAACGCACAAGGACGUCGUUCAGUUGAUCAAAUCUUCGACGCAGGUGGUUUUAACCGUACAACAAAAACCUGCGGCGGGUUUGCCGGGCGUUUUGUCGCCCCAUCAAGCCCAACGACCGGCUAGCUUGACGGGGGGCGCGUCGGGGAUGGUCUCUUCGCCACCGUCGACGACGUCCCUCCACAGGGCAUCGACGGCACCGGCUGGAGGCGCACCCUGCAGCGCGCGGAUAACUGGCCCACAACCCGUCGAUCAUGAAAAACUUCGACAGCUAGAAACACAGCGAGUACACACCUUUCAGCAGAUGUUAGAAACGGAACAGCAGUACGUUGAUUCGCUUCGUAGCAGAUUGGCCAAAGCUGGUGUCAGCGGUAGUGGAGGAAAUAAUGUCACCACACUUCAAACGGAACUUGCAGGAGCCGAAAGGCGAAUCCGCACACUUCAGGAUCAGCUCGCUGCUAUUACGAACAACGAUCAGCUUUGCUCGUUGGUAACAAACACUCCACCUUCCCCGAAUCGUUAUUCUCCUCCAAGCGACGUUCCGCCACCUUUGCCGUCCCGAAAAUCCUUGUCAAUGCAAAGUCUUUCUCCACCCCCAUUGCCUCCCAGACCCACCCCAAUGCCAAACACCCACAACACUGUCCAGUCGGAUCUGGAGCGACAUCAGCUGACCCAUUUAACGCCCCCCGCCAACAGUCACGGUAUACCUAUCUCUUUUUCACAGGGAGCUAACUUGAGCUCUAUGGCAUCACUGAACAAACAUCAGCGAACAAAAUCAAGCCCUGAACAACUCGGGACAACGAAUCUUCCAACAUUAUCACCUGCGGAAGCUAGUCGACGUCUCAUAGCUUCGGAAUCUAUGAACGAUUUAACGCGAUCAAAAUCUGGCAGGCAUAGUGGUAUCGAUCUCGAUGAUCCACCUCGAGUCACACCACCUGGUACCCCGCCACCCCCGUAUCCUCAGUCUUCCGGUUUAUCGUCGGAUCUUGCUUCUUCCACGCUUAAUGAUAGUUCAGGCGAAAGUUUUCUCGCAGUUUCGCCCAUUCGACAAGGUAUGCUGAACGAAAGCAGCCCUGGAUUGCCACCGCUUCAACAACCCAUCAUGUCUAUGGAAGAUGACGAUAUGAGUGAUCAAGAAGUGGGACAACUCGAAGAUCAUGGACCAUUUAAAUCUCUGUCGAGACUUUGGGGACACCAUGCGCAUCUCGCAGUAUUUAUUAAUUACGUUCUUUCCAACAGCGAUCCCUCAAGUCUGUUGUUUUACUUGAUAACUGACCUCUACAAGGAGGGAAAUGCCAAGGAGAUGAGAAAAUGGGCGUACGAAAUACAUUCGAGUUUUUUGGUACCCGGCGCUCCUCUACGAUUAAAUAACGUCGAUGAAAACGUUGCACGGGAAAUAGACGAGGUGUUAUUGAAAGAAUCCGAUAAAGAAGAAAUUUUGCGAAAGAUAUUCUGGAAGGCGAGAGCCAGAGCCAAGGAAGAACUGAACGAACAAUUGGCAGAUUUUCAACAAAAACGAACCGCCGGACUCGGGACUUUGUUUGGACCGACCGACGCGCAAUUAGAUGAAAGUACGAACGACAAAACCCGAGAAGCACAGGUCAUCGAUACUUUUCUUCUACCAAAAAUGGAACCCUAUCUAGAAGACAUAGAAAAAGAGCGCGUCGAUUUUCGCGAAAUUACAACAGCUGCUGGUCUGGCUACAAUUCUGACAAAGAUUUUCCAAGUACGUGUCGUUACUUUGGACAGAAUUCCAACCUUUGUUUCAAAAGACAAGUCAAACAUCAAGGCACGCCUUCUUACGGGGAAAACAAGAAAAAUGACUGUUCGGGGUCACCAUUUUGUGGCUCAUCAAUACUUUACUGUCACCUACUGCAAUCAUUGUCAAUCUAUCAUCGGGGGCGUUGGCCCUCAAGGCUAUCAAUGCAGUGAUUGUUCAUUGAACGUACAUCGUCAAUGUGUCCGUAUAGUAGACGAAAGUUGUCCGGGUCCGUUAGUUGUUAGAAAAGAAAAACCCGACCGUAUCAGCAAACUCAUGGAACGAAUCAGACCCGAACGUAAGCCACCGUCGUCGCAUCAUCACCAUCCCCAGCAUUUUCUACACAAUCUCGAUCGAGUGAAAAAACCUGACGACGAUACUGGGGUUCUAACGGACGGUGAAAAUGGGGAUCAUCGGGUUGUGGGGACCGGAAGUGCGCGCGGUAACAGUGAAAGAGGACGUACUUCCGGUUACGGAACGGGGGCGGAACACGCUGAAAGUAUGGACGACCCUUCCUCGAGGGAAGACAUCUCCGAGAUGGUGCAGCAAAAUAUAUCCAGUAAGCCAAAGACAUCAAACAUAAACAGGUCUGAAAGUUACAAGGAGCGGAUACAUCAUAAGCGACAGCUACGUGAAAAACGAAAAACCAGUGACCCGAAUCUCUCCAAAACAAAGGCUGGUUUCAGUGACUGUGAUGCGUCGGGAACGUUUCCUGGGAAUUCAGCGGGCAGUUCAUCCAACAGUAGUUUAUCGACGAGAAGUUUGGACAGCCCGAGUACAAGUUUGGAACAUGUACACCCUGUUACAUCAGCGAACACAACUGCCUCUUGGGAUAGCGACGUCGAUGUGGAAGCGGAUCCUCCUGACUGGAGUCAGGGAGUCGCUGAAGAUGUUCUUUCCCGCCUUACAAACUCCGAAAAGAAGAGACAAGAAGUUAUCAAUGAAUUGUUUCACACUGAACGAUCGCACGUGAGAGCGCUCAGAGUGCUCUCUCAAGUUUUUCAUAAGCCAAUGCUCGAAUCUCAGGUCCUACCACCGGACCAGAUUCUCUUACUAUUCUCGAAUCUCGAUGAGAUGUUGGAAAUUCAUUCGGGCUUUAAUCAAUUAAUGAAGAGUAAGAAAAAGGAGAACCCGUGCGUCGGUGACGUGGGUGAUUUACUUUUAGGAAUGUUUGACGGUCCGGCUGGAGAAACAUUCGAACGUGCUGCGUCCACCUAUUGUGCUAAACAACAGGUAGCCUUGGACGCACUUCGCGAUCGACGCCGGAAAGAUCAAAAGCUCCAUGCUUUCCUCAACGAAGUAGAGGCAAGUCCGCUUUGUCGGAGGCUUCAACUCAAGGAUCAUAUACUAACGGGAAUGCUCAGGCUCACAAAGUACCCCUUAUUAUUUGAAAAUCUCGCCAAAUACACACCAGCUAGUAACGCAAAGGAGAAGGCUGCCGUAUUACGGAGUCUAGAACGAAGUAAGGAGGUCUUAAAUAGAGUAAAUCAAGCCGUUAGAGAUGCGGAGGAUUAUCAUCGUCUAGCUGAGAUUCAGAGAACCAUGGAUCGCUCGGCUUUCGACAAAUUUGAUCACUCGACUGUAAACGAAUUUAAAAAUCUCGACAUAACUAAACGGAAAUUAAUAUACGAGGGCCCACUUCAAUGGCGGGUUGUUAAUCGUGCCAAACCAGUCGAUUUGCAUGUUGUUUUACUCGACGAUACGAUACUCCUCCUUCACAGGCAAGACGAAAAAUAUUUACUGAAAUUCAUAAAUACUAAUCAGGUGAACUCUGUUCUGAGUCCUGUGGUAAAGGUAUCUACUGUUCUCGUGAGACAUAACGCCGUCGACAAGAACUCCCUUUACUUAGUCAACACUUCUCAAAGCGGGGCACAAAUUUACGAUCUCGUGGCUACUUCUCCUGCUGAAAGAAAACUGUGGUUUAAACACAUUACCGAGGCGGCAGAGGCUUACAAAGUACGCGAUCGAGAAGGCAGGAGACCCCCGCAUCUCCCAACUGUUCCCGUCGAAGAACCUUUACCUCUCGUUGAGGAAACACCUGCGACUACGGAAAGCGGAUCUAACAACGAAAAAAGUGGACCAGAAGAGCCCCAGCUGGAGGGAACCUCGACGGAGGGAACAAGCCCCGGUACAGAACAACGAGAUCGAGAGGAAAAUGUAAAUAUACCGCAGACAACUCCACCCGAAACGGAGAUACCUGAACAAUCCCCACAACCUGAGGUACCCGAGGAACCGCAAGAACCGCAACACCCGGAUCCACCGAGUGUAAUUUCUACCUCUUGCGGAGAUCCACUCAGAUUAGUCACCAGUACUCAGCCAUCUCUCAUCGAUCCAGUCGAAGUACGAGUUGAAGUGCGGCCCAUACAUUUGGCAGAGCCCGUUCUCACGCCUAUCGAACGUCUGAGGCGCAAGGACGCUCUGAUAAAGCAAGCCCUAACCGAAAAACAAGCACUCGUAGCUGACAUUCUAAACGUACCACGGGAAGAUUUUGAACACCUCGCAGAUAUGGCGUCCGAAUCAACAGGAGUUGAAAAAGAACCUGCGGAAUUAUUACUUGCUGCAGUUAGUCAAGCCAAUCAGUUGAUGGAACUGUUGAACUCCGCACUAACUGUUAGUGAAACUGAGACGGUACUCGCAUCUCGUGGAGCUUCCGUUUCGUCAGUUUUGAGUUGCGAAGGUUCAGGUUGUCCCGUUCCACGGCAACAUCCGUUGACGCAUCAUCCUUCAAUACCAGUUGUUACUCUACAACCGAUUUGUCACUCCCUAACAUCUCAGCUCUCACAACUUUUGGAAAUAGUGAAAGACAGAGAGGAUGAGCGCGAGCGAAUGAGACGUGAAUUACGAAGAAGCCGUGAACGACUUCACGCCGUAGAUGCUGAUGUUCAAAGGCGUGGAAUACUUCAAAACCCGAUCACCUCAACUCAUACACAAACCGAUCUCAGUGAAUCUUUGACUGGCGAGGGUUUCGUGGAACUUAAUCUAGACGAAUUUAUGGAUGCUUUUGGUGAUCCACAACCUGAAGUAGAACCGUCACGAACGCCUCUACCAGAAUCAGAAGAGGGAGACGUCGAGGCAAAUCCGAAGGAAGUUGAAGACAGCGUAGGUUGAACGGACUGAACAAAUCUCUAGAGUUGAAAGUUAUUCAUCUGGUGCACAUUGAGAGCAACUCAAAUACCGUGGGAGGCUCGGUACAGAAAGAAAUCAAAAUUAUGUAAAAAUAAAGAAGAAAUAAUAAUAA